AUGUCCACCGUGGCCCAAGUGAUCCGGCACAAGGCCGAGCUCGUGGCGGGAUACCUUGUCAAGCAGCCGCGGCCGGGUACGCGGCCCCUGGUGGUGUCGAUGCAAGGCCCCCAGGGUUCCGGCAAGAGCACGAUCUGUGCACGCCUCGUGGACGUGUUGCGGGAGAAGGGCGUCGUUGCAGCUGCAGCCUCCCUGGACGACUUCUACCUGCCCCACGCGGGCCUCACGGCUCUCGCAGCGGCCAACCCUUCCAACGCGAUGCUCGCCGGCCGCGGUCCCCCGGGCACGCACGACGUCGACCUGCUCGUCGACACGUUAUCCCAGGUUCACUCCCCGCGGGGCGGCGAGGUCGUCCUCCCCGUCUUUGACAAGGCGGCACAUGGCGGCCGCGGCGACCGCGCCGGAUACACUGUCCCCGUCCCGGCUGGGCUGGACGUGUUCGUCCUCGAAGGUUGGAGUCUGGGGUACGGCCCGCUGCCCGACACUGAAGCGCGCGCGCGAUGGGCAGUGGGCAGGACGGCGCGUACCCACCCUUACAGCUCUAUGGCGCAAGUCAACACGCUUCUCGCGGCGUUUGAAGGCCAGGUAGGCAGGUUCUUUGACUGCCACGUCGCCAUCCGCCCGAUGACGUUUGACUAUGUGUAUACCUGGCGGCUGGAGCAGGAGCACAUGAUGAAAGAGAAGAAUGGGGGUAAGGGGAUGAGUGAUGAGGACGUGAGGCGGUUUGUGGAUCGGUACAUGCCCGUGUACGAGGUGUUUGGCGAGGUGAGGCCCCACAGGCCGACGUUUAGUCUGCUGUUUGGACCGGAGAGGGAGAUUGUAGCCACCGAGGAGGAGGGGUGA